CGGUUUGAAUCUCAUUUUUUUUCCUCUCACCCCUCCCCUUCAGGAGCGGUUGUGCGAGCAGAUCGAUCUAAGAUGGCGACUGUGGAACCGGAAACCACCCCUACUCCUAAUCCCCCACCUACAGAAGAGGAAAAAACAGAAUCGAAUCAGGAGGUUGCUAACCCAGAACACUAUAUUAAACAUCCUUUACAGAACAGGUGGGCACUCUGGUUUUUUAAAAAUGAUAAAAGCAAAACUUGGCAAGCAAACCUUCGACUGAUCUCUAAGUUUGAUACUGUUGAAGACUUUUGGGCUCUAUACAACCAUAUCCAGUUAUCUAGUAAUUUAAUGCCUGGAUGCGACUACUCACUUUUUAAGGAUGGUAUUGAACCUAUGUGGGAAGAUGAGAAAAAUAAACGGGGAGGACGAUGGCUAAUUACAUUGAAUAAGCAGCAGAGACGAAGUGACCUCGAUCGCUUUUGGCUAGAGACACUGCUGUGCCUUAUUGGAGAAUCUUUUGAUGACUACAGUGAUGAUGUAUGUGGAGCCGUUGUUAAUGUUAGAGCUAAAGGUGAUAAGAUAGCAAUAUGGACGACUGAAUGUGAACACAGAGAAGCUGUUACACAUAUAGGGAGGGUAUACAAGGAAAGAUUAGGACUUUCUCCAAAGAUAGUGAUUGGUUAUCAGUCCCAUGCAGACACAGCGACUAAGAGCGGCUCCACCACUAAAAAUAGGUUUGUUGUUUAAGAAGACACCUUCUGAGUAUUCUCAUAGGAGACUGCGUCAAGCAAUCGAGAUUUGGGAGCUGAACCAAAGCCUCAUCACAGCAGAGUGGACUGCAUUUGAAUUUUAUUCCAUCUAAAUGUUGCUAAGAUAUAAGAGAAGUGUCAUUCUCCUUUGUCUUGUACUUCUGUGUUCUUUUUUUUUUUUUUUUUUUAAUUUUUUGCUAGAGUGUCCACUCUCCCAAUCAAAGAAUUACCGUAUACACCAUGCCCAGAAUCCAUAAAUGUGUUCCUGGACUACUCUGUAAUAGCUUAGCUGAAUUACCAUUACAAUUAUAAACACAUUUUACCUUUCCACCAUAUUCAAAAAAGAACUUGCAUUUUUAUACCUUAGCAGGAAAAAUACUUUAUGUUCCACUUUAUGCAGGAGCAUAUUGCUGGUUUGAGUAUGAUGAGUACAGUUUUCUAGCAAUUUCUCUUUCUACAGCAUAUGUUUGCUGUACUCUUGCUGAUGGCUGCUAGUUUUUAAUUUAUUUGUUUCCCUACUUGAUAACAUGAGUGAUUCUGAUUGCAGUUUUUCAUUUGUUCUGCUUUUGUUUUUUCUCAUGUAACAUUGGUGAAGGAUCCAGGAAUAUGACAGAAGGUGGAAUAAACAUUAAUUUUGUGCAUUCUAAUUUUUUGGUUUUUUUGUAACUACAAAGCUUUGCUACAAAUUUAUGCAUUUCAUUCAAAUCAGUGAUCUAUGUUUGUGUGAUUUCCUAAACAUAAUUGUGGAUUAUAAAAAAUGUAACACCAUAAUUACAUUCCUAACUAGAAUUAGUAUGUCUGUUUUGUAUCUUUAUGCUGUAUUUUAACACUUUGUAUUACUUAGGUUGUUUUGCUUUGGUUAAAAUGGCUCAAGUAGAAAAGCGGUCCCAUUCAUAUUAAGACAGUGUACAAAACUGUAAAUAAAAUGUGUACAGUGAAUUGUCUUUUA